CCCAGCUCUGCCAUUGAAAACUGAGAGGCUCAGUGGAUUGUGUACAGUUUGAAAUCAAUUUCUGUGUGGUUUUUGUUAUUUUUUUUACACCUUAAAAUGAGUUGCGUGUUUUGUCAUCUUGCUGUGGAGUCCAGUAAAACAGGACCGAUAUUACAAAAGGAAGAUACAGCUGCACACGAGAACUGUUUGCUGUUUUCUUCUGGACUUGUCACUCAAAAUACACCUGAGGGGGAUGACUUGGCAGGAUUUUCAGUGGAAGAUGUGAAAAAGGAAAUUAAUCGAGGGAGAAAACUGCAUUGCUUUAGGUGCAAGAAAUCUGGAGCAACUGUAGGCUGUGAAGUUAAAAAAUGCAAAAGAUCUUAUCAUUUUUUAUGCGCCUUAAACGAUAAUGCAGAAAAGGAAGAAGAUGUAGACCGUGGAUUGUUUAGGAUCUAUUGUGAAAUGCACAUGAGUAAAAUACCAGAAGGUGCAAUUAACGAUAAGAGUGAUGCCGAAUCUGAUCAAACUGAUGACAGCAGUGAGGAAUUCGCCCUUGGAACCAUGAUGACCCCUGUAUGUAGUGAUUAUUUAUAUAGAAAACCUGGUUCAAAACCUAAGAGAAAAAGAUCAACUCCAGUAAAAAGGAAUUAUUCUAAAAAAUCUAGAAAAUGGACAUCAAGCCCAAGAAUUGUAAUCUCAAAGAACCCUGCAGAUGGAGAUAAAAAAGGUGAUGACACUUUAAUAGAAAGUGAAGAUGCAGAAAUCCUGUGUAGUUCUGGAGUCAGGGGUCCAAAGAAGACAGAAAAACGGACUAUAAUAAAAAGCCCCAACAAAAAUUCUAUUGGUGCGAUUUCACCAAGACUCAAAGUAGUUAGAUUUGAUGUAAAUCCAGUGUCAAAAGGUGAAAACACUAAUGAAAGUGAAGAUGAACAGCUGCCAACAGAUACAGACAAAAACAGCGCAUGUGACACAGUGGUCAGUGAUGACAGCACAAACCUGGACUCGCAUGACGAGAAGGAAGAUGAGGAGUCUUCUGAAAAUAUCCGGAUUCCUAUAAAAAUGAAAAGUGUAUCUCUAUUAUAUUCAGGAAAUCCAGCAGAGUUCUGGAAGAAGUGCAGAGAAGCGAGCUGCACAGAGAAGCUGUUUUCAAAAAUUCAUACUGCCAUGUCUGACGUGUCCAAAAAAAUUGUGACGGAUGCUGCCAGUGAUCAUGAUUAUAAAUUUGCAAUGGACAUCCUGACAGCUUCUGAUUUGUUGGAAGUCAUUUCAGACAACAAUAAAGAUUUGAAGAAAAAACAGAAACAACUUAAGGCAGAAACUGAUUCUUUGUCAAAAGCACAAGUCGCAAUGCAAGAACUUGAGAAGAUAGCAAAGGACAUUCAAAAGUGAGAAUUUACAGGUUUUUAAAAACAAAUAAAAAGUAUCAAACACACCAAUAAUGUCAUUAAAAUAAUGUUAUGCUAAGGGAUUUUAUAUCAUUUUAGACCUGGUACAAUCUUAACAUUAUGUAAGAUUUGUAUUAAUUUACUGGCUUUGGAUAUUUCUUUAGUGUGUUUGAUUUUUCAAAACUGUGUACCUUAAAUGUAGUCUCCAUUUUAUUUUUGUAUAAAUCUAGCAACAUUAUAGAAUUGUUUGUUCUUUGUUGAUCUAACUAUGGGAUACAUAGACCGGCCUCUGAUCUGCUAGGUAUCCUAAACUGUUCAUACAAAGUGGAACUUAGUAACACCAGGGUUGUGUUUCCUAAGGAUAUUAAAGCAUCAAAUUUAAACGCC